UUUCUACCUCCAAACAGAUUAUAGCAUCCAGCAUCAGAACAGUGGGAGCAGAGGAGGGGGAGACUGUGGAACCUAUGGAGAUAGUGAGAGAGGAGGGGGGCGAGGAGCAGGUACAGGGUAUGGAACAACAAGAGGUACCUAUGGAACAGGGUGAAAAUGUGCUGGAAGAGCCCAUGCAAGAGGACGUGGGGGAGAACAUUGCUGAAGAAAGCCUGGCUGAGGCAGAAGAGGGGGCUCAACCAGAAGAGGAGGCAAAAGAAGAAAAGAAGAGGAAACCUACAAAGAGAGGGAAAAAGAAAGGCAAGAAAACAGAGAGCCAGAAGGAAGGGAAAAAGGACGAGGCCCUCUCCACUACGAUCACCAAGUUAAGAAAGUCUCUAGGCAAGAGUCCCGAGAAGAAGAAGGAAGAAAAGAAAGAGGAGAAGGAGGAGGAGAAGAAAUGGUGGGUGAAGGGGACAGGCUACAGGAAGAUGACUCCUCUGGAACAGCAGGUUGUGUACAUCAAGUCUGAGUACCCAGAUGCACUGUUGGUGGUGGAGUGUGGAUAUAAGUACAGGCUGUUUGGUGAUGAUGCUGUGAUUGCUGCAAAAGAGCUGGGUUUUGUCAGCUACAUUGACCACAACUUUAUGACAUGCAGUUUCCCCAACCAGAGACUGUUUGUACACGUGAGGAGGCUGGUGGCCAAGGGACACAAGGUUGGAGUGGUGAAACAGACAGAGACUGCCGCUCUGAAGGCAGCCGGAGACAAACCAAGGGACCUGUUCACCCGAGAGCUGUCAGCACUCUACACCAAGUCUACCAUGGUUGGAGAAGAUGUGAACCCGAUCUUGACUGCUAUAGAGGGAGAGGCAGACAUCGCUACAGUAGCAGCCCCCAGCACCUUCCUCAUGGCUGUGUGUGAACUGCCGGUACAGGACGCCAUCCUGGCCAACAGAGGGGCCAUUCAGAUUGGAAUCAUGGCAGUGCAGCCUUCUACAGGAGAGAUCAUCUAUGAUGGGUUUGUGGACAACAAGGCCAGGAGUGAGCUGGCCACCAGGAUCUCUCACAUCCAGCCUGUAGAGCUGCUCAUCCCACCCAAACUGUCAGAUGAGACUGAGAGACUCAUCGCAGACAUUACUGCCAACAGCCCCCGCGAGGAUGACAGAAUGCGUCUGGAGAGGAUCGCGCACAAGGCGUUUAACUACCAGCAUGCGGUGGACAGGGUCGUGGAGUUCUACGGCGAGAAAACCACUGAGGAGAGCAAACAAGAGAAGACGUCACCAAAACAGGAGUCGCCGCAGCAGGAGACGCCAAAGAAGGGCAAGAAGAAGGUGAAGAGUCCUGGGGACAGCUCGGAGGAGAAGGAGACUGUUCUGGCUCAGAUCUUCCAGCUGAACUUCCCCCAGGCCGUGGUGUGCUGUCUGUCGGCGCUCAUCAUUUACCUGAAGGACUUUGGCCUGCAGAGGGCUCUACGUAUCACCAAGAACACCCAGCCCUUCCAGAAGGAGCUGGAUCACAUGAUCCUCAACAGCACAACUCUCAAGAACCUGGAGAUUUUUGCCAACCAGACUGAUGGUAAUGAACGUGGCAGUCUGUUCUGGGUUCUGAACCACACCAGGACCAAGUUUGGUGCCCGCACGCUCAAGACAUGGCUGGGGAAACCUCUACUGAAGCUCAGUGAGAUCGAGCAGAGACAGGAGGCGGUGACAGAGAUCACCCAGGACAGACUGGAGGUCCUGAGGAAGGCUGAAGUCAUGCUGGGCAAACUGCCUGACCUGGAGAGGGGGCUGGCCUCCAUCUAUCACAAAAAGUGUUCCACGGCUGAGUUUUACAGUAUUGUGAGCGCGCUGGACAAAGUGGCAGUGGAACUACACGGCUACCAGAGCAUUGCAGACAACCAGCUCAAGUCUAACCUGCUGAAGACCAUCCUGAUCGAGGUGCCGGCCUUCCUGGACGGGACCGCAAAGUUCCUGUCCCUGGUCAAGGAGAAGGCUGCAAAGCUGGGUAUGAAGAAUGACCUGUUUGAGGAUUGGAGUCAGUUCCCUGCCGUCAUGAAGACUAAAGAGGAGAUAGAUGUGGUGACGGCCGCUCUGCGUGACCACCGGAGGGAGAUCCGCCUCACGCUGAAGAACCCAUCACAGGACUACGUCAUGGUGGGAGGGGUGGAGUUUCUUGUGGAAGUCAGGAACAAUCUCCUGGAGCUGGUCCCACAAGACUGGACCAAAGUCAGCGCUACGAAGACUGCCACCCGGUUCCACACCCCAGUAGCCCGGGAGAUGUACGCCAUGUUACAGAGGCUGAGAGAACAACUCACUCUGGACUGUCAGCAAGCCUGGCUCAACUUUGUCGAUACCUUCUGUGAAAACUACUACCAGUACAAGAAGGCUGUGGACCACCUGGCAACUCUGGACUGCCUCUUCUCCCUGGCCAAUGUGGCUAAACAAGAUGGAUACUGCAGGCCGUUUUUCAUUGAUGGUGGAACCCUGAUCCACAUCCAGAAUGGCCGCCACCCCGUCAUUGAUGUGUUACUGGACGAGCAGGAGCAGUUUGUGCCCAACUCCACUCAGAUGGACGGUGAUGGGAAGAGAUGCAUGGUGAUCUCUGGUCCCAACAUGGGAGGCAAGUCCUCCUACAUCCGGCAGGUGGCGCUCAUUGUGAUCAUGGCCCAGGUGGGCUGCUACGUUCCCGCUGAGUCUGCCUCACUGGGCAUUGUGGACGCUGUCAUGUCAAGGAUGGGAGCGAGUGACGACAUCGCGCACGGCCGCAGCACCUUCAUGGUGGAGCUGCAGGAGGCUGCAGAGAUCCUGAACCACGCCACGUCGCGCUCCCUGGUCAUCCUGGACGAGCUGGGCCGCGGCACCAGCACUCACGACGGCGUUGCCAUCGCCUACGCUACCCUGCAGCAUCUCGUCACAGAGGUGAAGAGUCUAACCCUGUUUGUGACCCACUUCCCACCCCUGGGUGAGCUGGAGGCUCUAUACCCAGAGUCCAUGUGUAACUACCACAUGGCCUUCCUGACUGAGGCAAACAGACCCAAGGCCCCUCUACCUGAGGUGGUGACAUUCCUGUACCAGCUGGUGCCCUCCAUGGCAGCUCACAGUUACGGUCUCAACGUGGCACAGCUGGCAAAUAUUCCUCCCAGCAUCCUCCAGGUGGCUGCCGUCAAGUCUAAGGAGUUGGAGACCGUGGUACAGGAGAGGAGGUCUGAGCGCGAACAGUUCCGUAUGAUGUGGAAUGCAGAGUUUGUGGAGGCAGAAGUGGAUGAGAUGAUGGUGGAGGAUGGGGCCAUGGUCUCUCAGGAGAUGGCAGCAGCAGUGGCGGCCCCUCAACAGAUGGAGGCUACUGAAGUAAAGAUAGAAGAGAUGGAAAUGGAUCCUCCAGUAGUAAAGGUAGAAGGGAUGGAAGUGGAUCCCCCUGCAUCUCAGCAGCAGGAACUUGUCCAGCAACAGGCUCCUGAACAACAGGCUGAAGUACCAGCCCCACAACAAGCUGACGAACCUCCACAGGCAGUAGUACUUCCUAAGGCUGAAGAACCUCCACAGGUUGAAGCAACCUCCACAGGUUGAAGAACCUCCACAGGUUGAAGAACCUCCACAGGUUGAAGAACCUUCACAGGUUGAAGAACCUCCACAGGUUGAACCUCCACAGGUUGAAGAACCUUC